CCUCCCUGUCCCACAGGGGGAUAUGAUGCCCCGGUGACCCGCAGCAUCCCGAUCGCAGGCAGUCUGAAGUCGCCUGGUGGUCCUGCGUCCUCCACCCCCGAGUCCUCGCCGGACCGUGGCGGGACGCCGAUCGCCUUGUCCAGGAAGCGAGGGACGUCCGAGAGGAAGUAGAAGAUGAACAAGCCGUUGACACCAUCGACAUACAUACGCAACCUUAAUGUGGGGAUCCUUAGGAAGCUGUCGGAUUUUAUUGAUCCUCAAGAAGGGUGGAAGAAAUUAGCAGUAGCUAUCAAAAAGCCGUCCGGCGACGACAGAUACAAUCAGUUCCAUAUAAGGAGAUUCGAAGCCUUACUUCAGACCGGGAAGAGCCCCACCUGUGAACUGCUGUUUGACUGGGGCACCACGAACUGCACAGUUGGCGACCUUGUGGAUCUACUGGUCCAGAUUGAGCUGUUUGCCCCCGCCACUCUCCUGCUGCCGGAUGCCGUUCCCCAAACCGUCAAAAGCCUGCCUCCUAGAGAAGCGGCAACAGUGGCACAAACACACGGGCCUUGUCAGGAAAAGGACAGGACAUCCGUAAUGCCUAUGCCGAAGCUAGAACACAGCUGCGAGCCACCGGACUCCUCAAGCCCAGACAACAGAAGUGUAGAGUCCAGCGACACUCGGUUCCACAGCUUCUCGUUCCAUGAACUGAAGAGCAUCACAAACAACUUCGACGAGCAACCCGCGUCUGCCGGUGGCAACCGGAUGGGAGAGGGGGGAUUUGGAGUGGUGUACAAGGGCUGUGUGAACAACACCAUCGUGGCGGUGAAGAAGCUCGGAGCGAUGGUUGAAAUCAGUACUGAAGAACUAAAGCAACAGUUUGAUCAAGAAAUUAAAGUAAUGGCAACGUGUCAGCACGAGAACCUGGUGGAGCUGCUCGGCUUCUCCAGCGACAGCGACAACCUGUGCUUAGUGUAUGCUUACAUGCCCAACGGGUCCUUGCUGGACAGACUGUCCUGCCUGGAUGGUACACCACCGCUUUCCUGGCACACAAGGUGCAAGGUUGCUCAGGGGACAGCAAAUGGCAUCAGGUUUCUGCAUGAAAAUCAUCACAUUCAUAGAGAUAUUAAAAGUGCAAAUAUCUUACUAGACAAAGACUUUACUGCCAAAAUAUCUGACUUUGGGCUUGCACGGGCUUCGGCAAGGCUAGCGCAGACGGUCAUGACCAGCCGAAUCGUGGGCACAACGGCUUACAUGGCACCCGAAGCUUUGCGGGGAGAAAUAACACCCAAAUCUGACAUCUACAGCUUCGGCGUGGUUCUGUUGGAGCUGAUAACCGGGCUGGCGGCUGUGGAUGAAAACCGUGAACCUCAACUACUGCUGGAUAUUAAAGAAGAGAUUGAAGAUGAAGAGAAGACGAUUGAAGAUUACACGGAUGAGAAGAUGAGCGAUGCGGACCCUGCUUCGGUGGAAGCAAUGUACUCUGCUGCUAGCCAGUGUCUGCAUGAGAAGAAAAACAGACGGCCAGACAUUGCAAAGGUUCAACAGCUGCUACAAGAGAUGUCUGCUUAAAACUAAUAAACUUUUUUUUUUUUUUUUUUACUUCUCGAGAACCUGGAGACCGGAAAAGCACUUUGACACUGAGCUGCGUCACCUACCUGUUGUUUGCAUUUGUUUUUGUUUUCCUAAAUGCGCUUUAUGUUUAACAUGGUAGCAUAGUGCAAUGUACCAAUGUACUGGUUAGUUAGUUAAUAGACGAGUUGGCACCGCAGCCAAAGUGAUAGUUGCAUGGUAGCACUUGGCCCCGCCCACCUAGUAUGGGGCUCAUGUUCCACAGCAACAUCACCAAACUAUAGUGAACUUAAGAUUCAGGAAAACAGCACUGUGCUAUACAGAGACAAUAGGAUUAUUUGGGGCGGGGGGAGUGAGACACGGUGUCUCUGUGUAGCCCUGGAUGUCCUGGAACUUGCUCUGUAGACCAGGCUGGCCUUGAACUCAGCAAUCUGCCUGUCUCUGCCUACUGCGUGUUGGGAUUAAAGGUGUGUGCCACUCCUGUAAAGCUUUGGACCAGCUCUUAGCUGCCUUAAGCCUUAGUGCUGGCUUUUGGUUUUUGAUAGGAACUUCAUGCUCCUGUAAAUAGCUCCUCACCUAGGUUCCUGUAAGGAACCUCUCUCCACUGCUCCUGUAACCCUAACUAAACUCAUUGGUUCAACAAUGUAGACAUGAGUGGAAUCUAUUCUUCUGUCUGUUAUUGUGGUCCUAUUUUGAAUGAAUAGAUGUUUGCUUGUCAUCCCUCCCCCCCCACCCCAAUUCACAUACAUGGUACUAUACGUGGGGUAUAACAGAACCAAUAGUGAGUUUGGAGGGUGUGUGUGUGUGUGCUUGUAUUGUCUCUGCAAUGGGCAAUAAAACAUGUAACUGAGGCCAAGCUGUCUGAGGGGGGAGCAUUUAAGGGGGCAAUUCCGACACCACCCUUUCCCUUAUGGUAGACAUGGUAGGCCCCCUUGCUGUAUAUUGAUUGUACUGCUCCCGCUGAAGUAAAAAGACAUAUAACUUCCACAGGCCUGCUCCAUCUGCAUGAGUCUCUGUAAAGAAAGUUCUGGAGAGGCCAUUUUCCUCUAUCAAUGGACAAAGGAAUGCCUCUAUAAUGAAUGGAAUCAGCCAUUCCGUACUACAGUUCUUGAAGGUAGCACAUAUGAGAUGGGGUCAUAAGCACCCUGUGGCAUCACUAAGACUUGCCACUAGAGCUGAGCUGUCUCUUCAGCCUGCCUGUUUAAGCAGAGAAUUACAAGAUGCAGAUGCUAUGUAUCCUCUGAACUGGCAGGUAAAAUGAAAGAAAGAAA